UCCCUCUCCAAUUUCGAUUCGCAAGACCAAGAUUUGCUCCCUCCUCAACUCAAAUCCCGAGCUCCGACGAUGCCGAAAAAGACGGCGGGGCGGCAGCGGAUCGACACGACGAAGCUGAUAGAGGACCGCUCCCAGCGGCAGGUGACGUUCUCGAAGCGCCGCCCGACGCUCUUCGCCUACGCCGCCGACCUCUCUGCGUGCUUCGGCGUCGACACGGCCGUCGUCGUCUUCUCCGAGAGCGGCACGGCCUACGCCUUCGGCAGCCCCUCAGUCGACGCCGUCCUCCGCCGCCACAAAGACGACGGCAGGGAGCCGCUCCCCGGCGACGCCGCUCUUGAUCUCGGCGACCUGGCGGCGAGGCGGCGGGAGCUGAAGGAAGCCGAGGCGCUGGCGGCGGCGGAGAAGGAGCGGAUGAAGGCUAUCGGAGUCAAGGUGAAGCUGGCCGUGGCGGAGGCGGGGAGGGCGGGGUGGUGGGAGGCCCACGCGGGGGCGCUCGGGGAGGCGGAGCUGCCGGAGUUCGAGAGGGCGCUCCGGAAGCUCAGGGACGCCGUCCGCUGCCUCGUCGACAAGAAGGCCGCUCCGUUGCCCGCCGCCGACGCGCCUGCGUGAACCAACCUUGCUGUUCGGCUUCUCUUGAUCCUUUCUUUGUUCUUGGUUCUAGGUAGGCCCGAGAUCGACUGAUUCUUGAUUUCCGUGGCCGUUCUUGAAAAUCACAAAAGCUUUUUCUUUUCUUUUCUUGGAGAACUAGCUAGUCUCCUGUAGAACGUAGGAGGAACAGAAUUGUGCCACACAGAGGCACCAGCAGACGUGUAAAGCUUUUGACUUGAUUCAAGAAACAAAUACAGUAUUAUUACAAGUAGCUA